CAGAGCACCCUCAUAGGUUACGAUCAGAAGCACAUGUUUGUGUUGUCACACAGAUUUCUUAUGGGACCACUCAAAGGUUGUUUGUUACUCUGUCACAGAUCUGAACCAAUCUUUUAUAACCCCUUGCAAACCAUUCAAGAUCUGUUUCAAAUUUUGUCUCUAAGUUUCACUUCUCUCUCUCUCUCUCUGCACUGAACUAACAAGGCUGGGGUGCAGAACAAUAAGCUAUAAUGGCUGCUAGGAAACCUUGUUUAAUUGCUUUAUUUGAUGUUGAUGGAACUCUUACAGCUCCAAGGAAGGCGGCUACUCCGGAGAUGUUAGAGUUCAUGCAGGAACUACGCAAGGUCGUAACAGUUGGAGUUGUUGGUGGAUCUGACCUUGUAAAGAUAUCUGAGCAACUAGGCAAGACAGUUACCAAUGACUAUGAUUACGUAUUUUCUGAGAAUGGUCUUGUGGCUCAUAAGGAGGGAAAGCUCAUAGGAACCCAGAGCUUGAAGUCAUUCCUUGGGGAAGAAAAGCUCAAGGAAUUUAUCAAUUUUACACUUCAUUACAUUGCAGAUUUGGAUAUCCCAAUUAAGAGGGGAACAUUUAUAGAGUUUCGUAGUGGGAUGCUGAAUGUGUCACCAAUUGGGAGAAACUGUAGCCAAGAAGAAAGAGAAGAAUUUGAGAAGUAUGACAAGAUUCAGAACAUACGCCCCAAAAUGGUUUCUGUACUACGCGAGAAGUUUGCUCAUCUUAACUUAACAUUUUCCAUUGGAGGACAGAUAAGCUUUGAUGUUUUCCCUCAAGGUUGGGAUAAAACAUACUGCCUGAGAUACGUUGAUGAUUUCAAUGAAAUCCACUUCUUUGGUGACAAAACUUACAAGGGUGGAAAUGAUCAUGAAAUUUAUGCAUCAGAACGCACUGUUGGGCACACUGUUACAAGCCCUGAAGAUACUAUGAAGCAGUGCAAAGCUCUCUUCCUAUGAUAUUAAGAUCAUUGUACCAAUAUGUCACUUACCUGCCAAAAACAAAUACCAAGUUGUCCUCAACAAUACAUCGUUUUAUUGUAAAAUGACAGGAUCACAGAAGUUGCAAAUGUAAUUCCAAUUUCUAUUUUUGU